AUGCUGUUGCUACAAGCUGUUCUGCUGUUACUAGUUCUGCCCAGUCGUGGACAGGAUACCCCGACCAAAGAGCCUGGAGUCCUGCUUCCCCUGCCUAAGGGCGUCUGCACUGGUUGGAUGGCGGGCAUCCCAGGGCAUCCUGGCCACAAUGGGACCCCAGGCCGUGAUGGCAGAGAUGGCACCCCUGGCCAGAAGGGUGAGAAAGGAGAUGCAGGUCUUGUUGGUCCUAAGGGUGACACUGGUGAAACUGGAGUGACUGGAGUUGAAGGUCCCCGAGGCUUCCCAGGAGUCCAAGGCAGGAAAGGAGAACCUGGAGAAAGUGCCUAUGUAUACCGCUCAGCCUUCAGUGUGGGUUUGGAGACCCGGGUCACUGUCCCCAAUGUUCCCAUUCGCUUUACCAAAAUCUUCUAUAAUCAGCAAAACCACUAUGAUGGCAGCACUGGCAAAUUCCACUGCAACAUUCCUGGGCUCUACUACUUCUCCUACCAUAUUACUGUCUACCUGAAGGAUAUGAAGGUCAGCCUCUACAAGAAGGACAAGGCUAUGCUCUUUACCUUUGACCAAUACCAGGACAAAGAUGUGGACCAAGCCUCUGGCUCUGUGCUCCUCCAUCUGGAAAUGGGUGACCAAGUCUGGCUCCAGGUGUAUGGGGAAGGGGAGCAUAACGGGCUCUAUGCAGAUAAUGACAAUGAUUCCACCUUCACAGGCUUCCUUCUCUACCAUGACACCAACUGA